AUGUCUCAAAUAAUCACUCAGUUCUUUGUUCAUACAUCAAUACUUGUUCUAAUUCUCCAAAGCACUGUAUGUUUGAGCUUACAAAAUGACACAAUUUCAGUCGGUGUGGUGAUCAGAGAUCCAGAAACCAUUACAUCAGCAAAGCAGAACUACAUAUUGAGAUUCUUCUCUCCUCCAAACACCACCAACCGCUACGUAGGAAUCUCCUUCUCCUUGUCGGAAGAAACCGUGAUAUGGGUCGCCAACAGAGACACACCCCUCACCGAUUCUUCCGGCGCCAUUACUCUGUCUCAAGACGGCAAUCUCGUCGUCUUGGACGGGACUAAUCAAACCAUCUGGUCGACUAAUCUCACAACCUCUCAGUCUCCGAUCAAUCCAGUCGUCCAAAUCCUGGACACUGGCAAUCUCGUCUUGCGGGAAGAGGACUCUGGAGACACGCUGUGGGAGUCUUUCUCACAUCCUACGGAUGUUCUGAUGCAGGGAAUGGUGUUAAGCCAGAAUGUAAAGACUGGGAAGCAGGUCCUGCUGACAGCGUGGAAAAACGCCACCGAUCCCGCCAUAGGGAGCUUCAGGGGGGGCAUAGAAGUCAUGAAUGGAAUCCCACAGCUUGUCACCAGGAACGAGGGGCGGCCGCACUGGAGGAGCGGGCAGUGGAACGGCCUGAUUUUUUUUGGGUUAAAGAUAAUGUUCGGCUCUUUCUUAGAAGGCUUCCUUCAAGUGAAGAAUGAUAGUGUUGGGAAUUUCUUCUAUUCGACACCGCCGAUGAAUGUUUUUUUUACAGUCACAUUGAAUUCUUCGGGUACAACGACUCGGAAGGUGUGGGAUGGCGUGGCGAAGAGAUGGAACGUGCUAGAGUCAUAUCCUGAAAACGAGUGUGAUGUUUACGGAAAGUGUGGGCCAUUUGGUAUCUGCAAUGUCUUGCAAUCGACUAUUUGUAGUUGCUUGAGAGGGUUUGAACCAGCAAAUGAGGAAGAAUGGGGGAGAGGGAAUUGGACUAAUGGUUGUAGGAGGAAGAGCCGGUUGGGAUGUGGAGACGAUGGAUUUGAGAGGGUGCGGUAUAUGAAGGUUCCGGACUUUGCUCAACCCUUUCCUUCUAGGGUUCUAGACGAGUGUCGGACCAGAUGUAUGGGGAACUGCUCAUGCAUUGCUUAUGCUUAUGAUGGUAACAUUGGUUGUAUGUUUUGGAGUGAUACCUUGAUUGACACUCAGGACUUUGGUGAUGUUGGUGUUGAUCUCUACGUUCGUCUCUCUGCUUCUGAAUUCGAUAGCCAGAAGGAGAGGAAGUUGUACAUCAUAAUUGGAGUUGUUGUGGGUUUUGUUUGCGUAUCAAUUAUGAUGUUUAUUGCUUGGUGGUUGAUAGUGAAGAGGAAAGGCAGCAAAGCGCAAGAUUCAAUUAUUUUGGAAGCAGGACAGAUGUUUACAACGGAUUCAACUGCAAUCAUACUUAAAAAUGAAUCAAAUGAAAUUAAUAUUGGUGAGUUGCCAAAGUUCACUUUUAAGAUGCUUGCUAAAGCGACCAACCAGUUCCGUGUAACUAAUCUUCUUGGAAGGGGUGGUUUUGGUCCUGUUUACAAGGGAGUUCUGGCAAACGGGAAAGAAAUCGCUGUGAAGAGACUAUCAACAGACUCUGGACAAGGCAUGCAAGAAUUCAUGAAUGAAGUGAUUGUGAUUUCCAAACUCCAACACAGGAAUCUUGUGAAACUGCUGGGAGGUUGUGUUGAGAAAGAAGAAAAGAUUCUAAUAUAUGAAUACAUGCCAAACAAAAGCUUGGAAGCUUGUCUCUUUGGUUCUGUGAAUCCAACAAAGAAGUUGUUAGAUUGGAAUAUGCGUUCUAGCAUUAUCGAGGGCAUUGGGAGAGGCAUUUUGUACCUUCAUAGAGAUUCCAGAUUAAGGAUCAUUCACAGAGAUCUCAAGCCAAGUAAUGUUCUGCUUGACCAAGACUGGAAUCCAAAAAUCUCGGAUUUUGGGAUGGCAAGAAUAUUUGGAGGCAAUGAAGAGCAUGGAAGUACUGCAAGAGUCGUGGGAACAUAUGGAUACAUGGCGCCGGAAUAUGGAAUGGAAGGCAGAUUUUCUGAAAAAUCUGAUGUAUACAGCUUUGGAGUGCUGAUUCUGGAGAUUAUAAAAGGAAAAAAGAAUACACACUAUUUCAAUGAUGAAUUGUCCUUGGGUCUCAUAGGAUGUGCAUGGAAAAUGUGGAAUGAGAGUAACGGCUUGAGUUUCGUUGAGGAAAGCAUUGCAAGUAGGGAGACGGAGGAAGAGAUGGUUCGAUGUAUUCAGAUAGGGCUGUUGUGUGUCGAAGAAUCACCAAACGAUAGACCUCUGAUCCAAACAGUUCUGUCAAUGUUGAGUGGUGAAAUUGUGAAGCUGCCAGUGCCCAAACAGCCAGUGUUUGCAGAAAAUGGUUCGAACUCAGCCCCCAAUGGAUCAACACAACAAUAUGUCUUCUCCAAUAACGAGCUCACUCUUAGUGUGCUUGAUGGACGAUGA